AUGGAGAACAUGAUGGUGGCGGGGAGUCGCAUGCGCAAGGAGCUCUCAGUGGCCGCCUCCAUCGACGUCUCGGGCCCAUCGGAGUCACACGGGCAGCUGCCGUGCGCCAUCUGCCAGCAGGCCAUUGGGGUGGACGCGGAGGGGCGUGAGUUCGUGCCAUGCGAGUGCGCCUACCGCAUCUGUCGCCCGUGCUACGAGUACAUCCGCGCACACGAGGGCAACCGCUGCCCCCAAUGCCUCUCCAAGUACCGCCGCCUCGCAGGUAAGCCCCCCCCCUUCCCGUCCUCCUCCCUCCUGUUACUCUCCGUACUCAUGAUUCUUUCCACUAAUUUUCAGAGUGAAGCACGUUACACGUGCCUCUCCACCUUGCUCCUUCCCUUCCCCUCUCCUCCUGCUCCGUCGCUGCUUGCAUUGCUGAAUCCGGAUCUUUCAGCCACGAAUGUUCCCUCAUUGUUUCUCGCUCCCAUGCCAUCCCACCGUAUGUCAUGUCCCCGUGCUGCUGUCUGCCGUGUCAUGCAUCUUGUCCGAGCAGGCAGUCCCCCAGUGGACGACGAUCCACCAGAGGAGGUCAUCCGCCACCUCGAAGAGUCCAUUCCCGACGCCCCUCACCCGUGCCCGUUGCUGCGGGCAGCAGCAGCGGGGCUGGCGGGCAGGGCAACGCAUGUUGCUGGUGCUACUGCGGGUGCUGCUGCUGCCGGUGCUGCCGGUGUGGCUGAGGGUGGUCCCUCCACGGCCAUUAUCCCGGUGCAUGAUACUGCCACCUCUGCAGGCGGGUUGGGGGGUGGCGAUGGGGGCCUGAGUGUGAUGCCCAAUGAUGUUCUACCCCAUGUGCUGCUCUGCGCCACUCCUCCAUCUGCAUCUGCUGCUACCUUAUUGCCGAUUCGCCCCCGUUGCAGAGUGGACGACACACGCCGCCCCUUGUCGCGCAAGGUGCCGGUGCCGUCCAGCAUGCUCAACCCCUACAGGUUCGCGGUGGUGGUGCGGUUCGUGGUGAUGAUUCUAUUCUUCAAGUUCCGAGUCACCAACCCUAACAACUCCGCCUUCCUGCUCUGGCUCGCCUCCGUCAUCUGCGAGAUCUGGUCAGUUUGGAAUCUCCUGGAUAUUCGACCAGCUGCCCAAGUGGUCGCCCAUCACUCGAGAGACCUUCCUCAACCGCCUCUCCCUCAGUGGACAUGGCUGUUCCUCAUCCCGCUCACCAUCAUCAUUGUGAAUGCAUUCGCCAUUCUGGCGGGAGUGGCGCACACCAUCAACAACUGGCAGUCCACCGACUCCUCUAUCAGCGGAUAUGGCCACCCCAUCAAGGCGCCCACCUCCAAUGCCGACCAGAUUGGUCAACUUGUCGGCCAAGUGUUCUUCUCUGUCUGGGUUCUUCUGCAUCUGUACCCUUUUACAAAGCCCGCCAUGGACGCGCGUCGCGUGUGCACGAACUUGGCGGCACUGGCGCUCGUGCUGCUCGUCGCGACACCCGAUAUCAUCUCCGAAUCGGGCUUCCAGACCACCAGCGCCGUCCCCUACCGCCGCGAGCUAAGAAAGCCCCAAGGACCGCUGCAGUACAACGUGCAGGAGACGAUGCAGCUGCUGCAGGAAUCCGCCUCGCUCGUCAACCGCGCCGCGCACCUUCUGCACGCCGAUGCCUCCCCGCUGGCCCCCUCCUUCUGGCUCCGCCCUGCAGCCGUAGCUGCGGACAGCCCCGCCGGGAAGGAUGCGCGCGCGGGGGAGGCGCGCGGGGGGCGCAAGUAUUACGUGAAUCUGGUGCAGACGGCGCGCGCGCUGCAGAACGCAGUGGUGCUGCUGCGGCAGAAGCAGCGGCGGCUGGUGAUGGGGCAGAUCAACAACGCCAUGGCCGCGAUUGACGGCGUGAAAGUCGUGCUGGUGCCGCGCGAAGAUCGCCAGGUGUUGGAGCAUCUCAACGUCGCACGGCGAUUCGCAGAGCAUGCGAAGCUGUCGUUCAUGGGGCAAGAACAGCGAGAUUGA